AUGAGUAACAUCCAUACAUUAGCAGACUAUAGAGAUGGAUAUGGCGAGGAUCUCCCAUUCAAUAGAACACCAGGGUAUUAUGCGUCACAGAGUAGUUUUAUUCAAAGAUCAAAACCUAUUGACGUAGUUAACUUGAUUUUCCCCCAUUUCACAUGGAAAAGUUUUGUUAUGGUUAUUUCCAUAAUACAGAUUAUCGUUUUUAUUGUGUCUCUUAGUAUAAACCCUGCCGAAUUUCUAACUCCUUCUGGCAGUACAUUAGUAACACUAGGAGCAAAUGUUGGAUCAAAAAUAAAAAACGGAGAAAUACACAGAUUAAUAUUGCCUAUAUUUUUGCAUGCAAAUAUAUUUCACGCAUUUUUUAAUGUGUUUUUUCAAUUAAGAAUGGGAUUUACUCUUGAAAAAAAUUAUGGAAUAUUAAAAGUUGCGAUUUUAUAUUUUGUAACGGGGAUAUAUGGAAAUAUAUUAUCAUCAUCUGUUACAUAUUGUACAACAAAAGUGGGUGCAAGUACAUCAGGCAUGGGGUUAUUAGGAAUCGUAACAUCAGAAUUAAUUUUAUUAUGGCAUAUUAUUAGACAUAGGGAAAGAGUAGUAUUUAAUAUUUUAUUUUUUGCGUUAAUUUCCAUUUUAUAUUAUUUUACCUUUAAUGGAUCAAAUAUAGAUCAUGUUGGCCAUUUAGGAGGUCUUUUAUCUGGUAUAUCUAUUGGAAUGCUUUAUAAUGAGAAGAUGGAAAACAAACCAACAUGGUAUAACAAUGCAAGACUUGCCUCUUAUGCAUGUUUAGCAUUGCUAGCUAUAGUUCCAACUGUUGUUUUGUUUGCUGUUCCUCGUGUAUGCUAG